UAUUCCUUUGUUCGGUAUGUUAACUAAUUAUUUGAACUCCUUUCACUGUCGCGAUCGUAAUACGUAAAUAUCGUGAUCGGCGAGCGAUGGUCGAGCAGCGCCCCGCGACUGAGUCACGUCAAUCAACGUCGUCACCGUUGUCACCGAAUGCGUCGAGUUUUGCAAGCGCCCUAGUUACCUUAUAUGGUUCGUAUUUUAACAUUUCUGCGGAGGUCGUUCGCGCGCAGUGCCUUCGCGACCGCUCCCCGCGCGCCAUGUUCACGUACGAACCGCCGACCAAGCUCAAGCUGUCCUCCGUGGAAGAGUUCCAGGAGGCGUUCCAGCUGUUCGACUCGCGCGGCGAUGGCAAGAUCCACGUGGCGCAGAUCGGCGACGCGCUGCGCGCGCUCGGCCAGAACCCCACCGAGUCCGACGUCAAGAAGUGCACGCUGCACCUCAAGCCCGACGAGCGCAUCUCCUUCGAGGUGUUCCUGCCCAUCUACCAGGCCAUAUCCAAGGCGCGCAGUGGCGACACGGCCAAUGACUUCAUAGAGGGGCUCCGGCACUUCGACAAGGACGGCAACGGCUUCAUCUCGUCGGCCGAGCUGCGCCACCUGCUGUCCACGCUGGGGGAGAAGCUUAGCGAUGACGAGGUGGAGCAGCUGCUGCAGGGGCAGGAGGACUCGCAGGGGAACAUCAACUACGAGAACUUCGUGCACCUCAUCAUGCAGGGCUAACCCUCCCCCGCGCCGCGCCCGCCCCCGCCCGCCCCCGCCCGCCCCCGCCCGCCGUGAGCUUGUGAAGGCAAUACAACAGCAUUGAUUUGGUUACGCGGACACAAAAUUGAAAAUGUUUAUCAGGAGAAACAGUUUUAGUGGUGUGACUGUGAAUAUUUAUAAACAUGAUAUUGGUUCCAGGUAACAUUUUCGAUUAUGCGAAAUUAGUAUAUUAAUUUUCUGAUUUCAUCCAAAACAACAGAAAUACAUUUGGCUGCAUUUUUAGUAAAAAAAAAAUAUUACAUUUUUCGGAAGUUUGUUGUUAAGCUAAUUAUGAUCAAAUUUCAUGAUUUAUUAGCCUCAUUUGGCAAAGAUUAGACUAAAGUCAACAGACUUACGUUGAAGUGUAUAAAGCGCGCUUUGACUCUGCUUACGUUUCAGUUCAGUUAGUCUUAAAGUUUCAGUUAAAACGAGACAGAUUGAUGCCAGCGCUAAAAUGAUGUCUCGUUUUGACACUGCACAGUGUGUGCGUGUGUCAAGUGUGAACAGAGUGUAGUGCGCUCUGCAGAUGUCAGGCUCGGCCAUGUAUUACUUUCUAUUUUGACUAAGCAUCAAAUAUUAGAAAAACAUUCCAUAGACACGUUACAAUGUUGUUUGCAUUUGUAUGGUAGUUUGCAUUUCAUGCCUGUCAAGAAUAAUAAUAUAUUAUGUAAAAAAAAAGAAGUAGAAGAUAUACGAUAUAUAUAACAAGUAUGUGCUUCAAGCCACCGCAUUCGUAAAUACUAAACAGCUGUCUCUUGUACUCUUGCGUUUUCUGUCUUACUCAUAUGUUAUGUGCCUAUAAUAUGAACGUAGCGUAGCUGUGGUAUGACGUCAUCGAAGACUGCCAUCGAGUGUCUGUACAAGUCUCUUAUCUGGAAACCAGAAGGCAUUUUAUUUAAUUACCUUGUUAUUUAAGUUAACUCGGGCAUUUCACUGUUAUCGUGUGUGUGGUUCGCGUUCACCAACUGGCAACUCCGACGCGGACGUGGGAGUGUGGCGCGCAUUAUAUGAGAGAGUUGUUGUUAGGCUAUACUAACAAUUCCCUGACAUUUCCAUUUCUUAUAAUAAAUAAUAAUAAUUAAUGAUUUAGAUCCAGGUGCAUGACAGGUAACUUAGGUUACGUUACGGUUAGCGUUCAAUGGUACUGCG